UGUGUACACAAUCGAAAACAAUAAGGGCGGUCGGCGGCGGUCGCCGGUCCGUCAGUCGUCUAUAUUAUCUAGUGGUGACUGCACGUAUUUUCUCUGUGGUGAAUUAUAUAGAGCUGCUAUUACACACCGUUCUUGGUUUUGUUUUCAAAGACGAAUUCUUCCAGAAUGGAUAAAUUUAAACGUGGAAAGCCCCUUAACUCACAAGCACGGCAAAUGGUAUUUAAUGUGUACCUUUAUUUCUUAAAUGAAGCCAAUGUUUUCCAAAGACACCAUGAUGGUUAUUUUAAAAAAAUUCAGGACCGUGUUACAAAAGCUACAGGGAUUUCACGACGAACUUUGAGUAAUAUCUUAAACGGAAAAAAACAGAAUCAAUCAAUGAAAUUUUCCACACCGAAAAAAGGAAAACCUAAAAGUAGAUUUCGGGUAGGACUUGAUGAUUUCGACUACUGUGUUAUUCGUAAUAUGAUAUACAAUUUUCAGUUGACGCUCAAAGAACUCCCUACUAUAAAUAAUUUGAGAAAAAAGUUGAUCGAAGCUAUUAAUUUCAAAGGCUGUGCAGAGACUUUAAGGCUGAUCUUGAAAGAAAUGGGGUUUAGGUUUCUGAAAACUGAUAAUAACAGACGGUUACUUAUGGAAAAGCAUGAUAUACGUUUAAAAAGGAUCAAAUAUCUCAGAGGAAUACAACAGCUGAGGAAUUCUGGUAGAAACAUAGUGUUCAUGGACGAGUCAUACGUGCAUACAUCACAUACUAAGACUUGGCAAGAUAGCAGCAAAAAAGAUAUCAAACAACCCAUUUCCAAAGGAGAGCGAAUAAUUAUUGUACACGCAGGCAAUGAAAAAGGCUUCGUCCCAGGGGCUCUAAUGUUACAUAAAUGUGUCGACUCAGAAGGUGACUAUCAUAAAGAAAUAAACGCGGAACGUUAUAAAACUUGGCUACGUAAUCAAUUGAUUCCCAACUUGCCUCCUAAUAGUGUUUUGGUAAUUGGCAACGCCCCAUAUCAUAAUAAGCUUUCUGUGAAACCACCAAACUCAAACACACCUAAACCACAAAUGAUAGCUUGGUUACAACAACACAACAUUCCGCAUGACCCAAAAAAACUGAAACCUGAUUUGUAUGAAAUUAUAAAAAGACAUAAAGAAAAAUACACAGAAUUUGCCAUUGACCGUAUAAUGGAGGAGCAUGGGCAUAAAAUUAUACGAUUGCCACCAUAUCAUCCCGAUUUUAACCCCAUUGAAAAUAUUUGGUCCCAAAUAAAGCAACACGUAGCCAAAAAAAAUAUUGCAAUGACUGUCACGUCAGUUAAAGAUGCUAUAUCAGAAAAAAUCAAUAAUAUAGGACCAGAAGAAUGGAAAAAGGUGUGUGAUCAUGCCGUUAAAUGCGAAGAUGAAUAUAGAAAAUUUGACCCAAGAAUCGAUAGUUUUUCCGAUGAAAUGAUUAUUUACACAGGUGAUAGCGGUGAAGAAAGUGAAAAUGAACAAGAGCAUAAUGCAAGUUCUGAUGAAUCUACGAUGUCAGGAAUAGAGAUCUUCCCUGAUAGUGAUUAAUUUUUUUGUAAUUGUAAUAUUAUUCUGAAAUGAUCAGUGCUGUAAAUACUUUUGAACUGAGAUUUUAAUGAUUAGAUUUCUAAGAUUUUAAUGUAAAC